AUGGCUACGUCUAUACUUGGGGAAGAACCACGAUUUGGAACUACCCCUCUAGCUAUGCUGGCUGCUACUUGUAACAAAAUUGGCAAUACCAGUCCCCUUACCACUCUACCUGAUUCCAGUGCGUUUUCAAAAGGCGGAUUUCAUCCUUGGAAAAGAUCCUCUAGUUGCAACUUGGGAUCCAGUCUCCCUGGAUUCACUGUAGCAACAAGCCGCGGAUCGACCGGACUUACAUCAACUACUGGCACAGGCAACAGCGCGUUCUGCUUAGCCUCCACCUCCCCGACCUCCUCUGCGUUUUCCACAGAGUACAGCAGUCUGUUUUCCAACUCAGCGAGCAUUUCGUCCCAAGAGUCUGGGCAAUCCGCCUUCAUCUCCAAAGUCCACUCAUCAGCAGAAACCCUGUAUCCGAGGGUAGGGAUGGCACAUCCGUAUGAGUCGUGGUACAAGUCUGGUUUCCAUUCAACCAUCUCGGGCGAUGUUACGAACGGAGCGUCCGCGUGGUGGGACGUUCACACCAACCCUGGCUCAUGGCUCGAGGUCCAGAACCCUGCAAGCUCACUGCAGACCUCCCUGCAUUCCGGGACCCCCCAAGCCAUACACUCUCAGCUCAGUGGCUAUAACCCUGACUUCUCCACUUUGACACACUCGGCAUUCAGCUCAACCGGUAUAAGUCCCACGGCAUCUCAUCUCCUAUCAACUAGCCAACACCUGUUAACACAAGAGGGAUUCAAAACAGUCAUUCCAUCAUACACGGACGCCUCUGCCGCCAACGCUAUGAUUUCAGGUUCCAGUUCUGGUUCUUCAAGGUCAUCCAGGAGGUACUCCGGCAGAGCCACAUGCGACUGUCCGAACUGUCAGGAGGCUGAGCGGCUCGGGCCUGCAGGGGCCAGCCUACGGAGGAAAGGACUUCACAGUUGUCACAUUCCAGGCUGCGGUAAGGUGUAUGGCAAAACCUCUCACCUUAAAGCCCAUUUGAGAUGGCAUACUGGCGAGCGGCCCUUUGUCUGCAAUUGGCUUUUUUGUGGCAAAAGGUUUACAAGAUCAGAUGAACUUCAGAGACACCUCCGUACCCACACCGGUGAGAAAAGGUUUGCUUGCCCAGUAUGCAACAAGCGCUUUAUGAGGAGCGACCAUUUGAGCAAGCACAUUAAAACCCACACUGCCGGUGGCGGAGAAGGCAAAAAGGGAAGCGACAGUGACACCGACACCAGUAACCUAGAGACCCCCAGGUCCGAGUCCCCAGAACUCAUUUUAGACGGGGUAAACCCCAGAAUCACGAUCAAGGACCCAUCUCCUCAUGACGAGCCCUGA